ACCGGAACAAUUUUUUACCUAUUUUCAGUCACACUUUUGUGACUUAUGUGUGCGUUGAAGAUUAAAAUAACAGCCAUAUUUUGUGUGAAAGUAGUUAACGAGGGGUUAUGUACGGUGAGCUUUGAACAGCGGGGACGCCAGGUGCUUUUAAGUCCCGCUAUACCUCUUCAGCUCUUCAUUGGCCGCCAAGUCGCCAACUACCGGCAGCAAUCAUUUCCUCCAUUGACUCGUGCUCAUUCUGGAGCUUUUGCAGUCUGUCAGCCCACACCCAAUAUGUCCGCCGGGAAGGUCCACAUUAGCUCAGUAGGAAUGCGGUAGGCGGGGCUGCUAGGCUAGUGUCAAACUUUGGGAAUGACAGGAGUGCUGCAGGAUUCGCCAAGAAGGGGAAGUGUCGCCCUUGUUGCUGCUGUUUGGAUUACUUUGACUUCUUUUUACGCACUGCCUUUGGAUUCACCACGUCUCUACAGAUAGCACGACCCCAGCCAGCGCAUCCCUCAGCCAUGUCGGAGGACUUGAGCUCCCAACCAUGGUCCAUCAACAAAGAUGACUAUGAGCUACACGAGGUGAUUGGGAGCGGAGCCACAGCUGUGGUCCAAGCAGCCUACUGUGUACCACGCAAAGAGAAGGUGGCCAUCAAACGAAUCAACUUAGAGAAGUGCCAAACCAGUAUGGACGAGCUCCUGAAAGAGAUUCAAGCCAUGAGCCAGUGUCACCACCCCAACAUCGUGUCCUAUUACACCUCGUUUGUGGUAAAGGAUGAACUCUGGCUGGUCAUGAAGCUGCUCAGUGGUGGCUCCGUGCUGGACGUGAUCAAGCAUAUCAUCUCCCGAGGUGAACACAAGACUGGCGUCCUGGACGAGGCCAGCAUAGCCACCGUGUUGAAAGACGUGCUUGAAGGCCUGGAGUAUCUACACAAGAAUGGACAGAUCCACAGAGAUCUCAAGGCCGGAAAUAUUCUCCUUGGGGAUGACGGCUCUGUGCAAAUUGCAGACUUUGGCGUCAGUGCCUUUCUAGCAACAGGUGGUGACAUGACUCGCAAUAAAGUGCGCAAGACAUUUGUGGGAACACCAUGUUGGAUGGCUCCAGAAGUCAUGGAGCAGGUGAAGGGUUACGACUUUAAAGCAGAUAUUUGGAGUUUUGGCAUCACAGCCAUUGAGCUCGCCACGGGCGCCGCGCCUUAUCACAAAUACCCGCCAAUGAAGGUGUUGAUGCUGACGCUGCAGAACGACCCCCCGCUCCUAGAGACCGGCAUCACAGACAAGGAGAUGGUGAAGAAAUAUGGGAAGUCCUUCAGGAAGAUGAUCUCCAUGUGUCUACAAAAGGACCCAGAAAAAAGGCCAACAUCCUCAGAGCUGUUGAAGCAUAAAUUCUUUCAGAAAGCAAAGACCCACGAGUAUUUAAAUGAGAAGUUACUUCAGAGGGCGCCUACAAUAACGGAGAGGUCAAAAAGGGUACGUCGAGUGCCAGGUUCCAGUGGCCGGCUACAUAAAACGGAGGAUGGAGAAUGGGAAUGGAGCGACGACGAGCUGGACGAAGAAAGCGAAGAGGGCAAAGCUGCUGUUGCUGCCUUAAGGGAGCAGCAGGUGAAGCCUGUUAGCGCCCCCAGGCGUCAAGUGCGCUUCUCCUACCCACUCGAGCUGCCUGCGUCCAGGUCACCGAGAGUGAAGGAGGGAUCACAGAACUCAGAGGUGUUCCAGACUCCUGAGCCCUCAAGUAAUCAACUCCAGCCACCGGCUGCAGGUCAGGUGGAGCUACCUCAGGCUGCAGGACAAGUUCCACUGCAGCCCACACCAGUCAACACUCAAUCCACUGCCCAGGCUACAUCUCCCACACUUAGUGUACCCACUGCUGCUUGUGCUGCACCCUCACAGGCUCCAGCCACUUCAGGAGAUGUUCAGGCUCCCAUUAGUUUGGUAUUAAGGUUAAGAAAUUCAAAGAAGGAGCUAAAUGACAUCCGCUUUGAAUUUAUGCCAGGCAGAGACACAGCAGACGGUGUGUCCCAGGAGCUGGUGUCAGCAGGCCUGGUGGACGGGAGGGACUUAGUAAUAGUUGCUGCAAAUUUGCAGAAAAUAGUCGAUGAACCUCAAGGCCAUAAAAACGUCACUUUUAAACUGGCGUCUGGAAUCGAGGGAUCUGAAAUACCCGACGACGUCAAACUGAUGGGCUUCGCUCAGCUCAGCAUUAGUUAAACUGUCGUUCUACCUGGAACCGUGACUUGCCUAAAAAAUGUGAAAAUUAAAAAAAAAAAAAAAUAGAUCUAUAUAUAGUUUAAUGCAUUAUUAUUAUUUUUUCCUUUCUAUGGCUGUAAAGAAACCACUACUGCCAAAGAAACAGUAUCGUUUUUAUCACCCAUAGGAUUACACAGUGUCGACUUACACUUUGAAUUCGGUGGUCGGCUGAAGUAUCACAACAUACAGUAUGAGAAUCACUCAAAGAUAAACAACAAAAGAAGUUUACAGUGUGAACGUAGAAGGAUGCGAGUAAGAGUUUUCCUUUCCCGUUCUGGUCUCCCCUCACUUUUUCCCUUUCGUCAUGUGUGAUGCAUUUGCACAAUCUCAACACCCUUAAAUCCCAGUUCAGUGUAACAAUGCCUUAUAUUCAUCAGAACUACUGAAUGCACGUGAUGGGGGAGUUCCCUCCUCCUCAUGACAUGGAGCAUUAAUUUGUCCCUGAUUUGUACAAAAUGUGGUCUCAGGUGCUGGUGGCAGACAUUUUUUGUUGGUUGAUUUUGAUCUGCAGGAUUUCAACUUCAAAUUUGCUGAAGUGUGAAAUGUGUAAACUCCCCCCAACAGUUAGCAAUCUGUAAAGAAUAAGUUUCUUCUGAUUGUCAAUAAUAUUAGUAUUAAUAAUAUGAAGAAUAAUUAAUAAUGUCAACUGCUGUUCCAAUUGUAUUUGUUCCUAAGGAGGAUUUAAAUCUUAACACAUUUUACUCGGAACAAUAUAAAAGCUAAGUUUUUACAGCCUCAAAUUGGUUUAUGAGCAAUUUAAAUUACAGGGACCUUUUUAUGAAGGGAAAUUGACAGGCAGUACAUUAUUGAGGCUCAUUGAUCAGUAUAUACUAAAAAAUAAUAACAAAAUACAGAAAUCAUUAGGCUUGUUCUGAUUUGACAAUAAAAUACAAUUUUUAGGGGGGACAAAAAAAAGAUUUGCAAUUUUUCUAUAUAGUGGAAAAAAUAGGCCUGUUUUAGUUAUUUUUCUUGUGACUAAUAAGUGAAAAUGAUUUAAUGUUUGACAGCAGCUGAAACCACACACGUGCCGUGUAUGAGCAGAUGUCGGUGUCCGUCGGUCUUAGUUUUUGCGUGUGUUUGAAAUCAUCGACUCAAAUUCUUAGCAAACAAAAGAAAAAACAAAGCAGAAAAAAGACUUCAGUGCAUAUUUGUGGAUGUGGAUGAAGAGGACGAAGAGUACUUAACUUGAACCUCUAGUGUGUAAAUAAGUGACAUUUGGCAUUGGUUUGUUUUUAUACUGGGUAAUUUCACUCUUGGCCUUUUUUUUCUCUCUGUCCUAUGACACGAAUGUGGGUUGUAGUGCUUGCGUGAAGGAAGACAAUGGCAACGCUGCAAAUUUUUUUGGCUCUGACUUCCCUCAUAUUGCAGGACAAACCUUCACUUUACUGUUUGUCAUGAAUGUGAACCUCACAGUUAGUGACGGCAGUGAUCUCUGUAGAUCUUGAUGCGUUUGAUUUGAUGGUGUGACGACGUCGUAAAACCCUCCAGAUGCCAUAUUGAAUGAUUCGUUUUUCUGCUUGCGGACAAAAAAACUGUAGAGGGGAAAUCUUUUGUCUUUUGAUGUUAAAUGUGUAAAAUUUUACGCUAGCCUUAAAUUUGAAAAUGACCAAGUGUUUUUUUUUUGUUUGCUUUUGUUUUGUUUCUUUCUCUCUUUUUGGUUUUGAUUCAGAUUUUCUGUGUACUUUGUGUGUGCUUCGUGUCACUCGUGGAGAUUCCUGAAAUAAAGAUACACAGGUGUUUUGACCCUGUCAUCUCCUCAAAGCAGGUUGACAGUGACGUCAGUGAUCCCCCCCCCCUCCCAUGUUACUCUUAAGUUUCUAAACUGCAGUAUUUGGUGCCAUUAAAUGUCUGUAGUGGACAACGGACAGGAUAGGUGUGUGUGUGAGAGUUUGAGUGAGUGAACUCUAAGGGAGCUGAAGAUCUCGUGGCUUUGUUCUCACCUUUUCUCCAACAUUGUACUGCUUAUAUCGUAGUCCAUCGAAGCUGAACAGAUGACAACGGGGGGAGGAGGAGGAGGAGGGUGGGGGUCUUUUGUCCAGACAUUAACUCAUCAAGGCUGUAAUAUAUUUGAAUUCCCCACCUCUUUUCGGUUUUUGCAUUCUUUCAUUUGCUCUAUUUUUUUUUGAUUGUUCCCCCGUUCAAAGCAUGUUCCUCUUGAUUAUUUUUAAUCAAUAAAAGAAUGGGCAUAUCAGCUUA